UGUCAGAGACUCAAACGCAGCAGGACAGGAGAUCAUAGAGGUGAUGAUGACAUUGAUUAUUUGGGUACAACGUCAGGGUCCCCUGUCAAGAAACCUCGUUGGCAGCCUCAACUUGAAAAUGACAACACAAUUGUAACCUGUGUCACUAACACACACUAUGCUUAUCUGUACACAUUUCUAGAAGAUGUAGAAAGGAAUCGGGAUGUGAUAAGUGUCGUGCGACAAGUCCUAGCAUUAUCUAGGUUCUGGAACAAGCACUGUACCAACAAAGGCAAUCCGUGCUUGUCACUCAUUGAAGAGGUCGACAAGAACUGGAUCCUAGAUGCAAUUAAAGCAAGGAACUGGGUUAAAUGUUCUGUAAAUACUGACGUGCUGAGCUUGAACCAAGACCAGUCAGUUUACAUAAAGCUCAUCGCAGCAGUACUUGUUGGAGCAUGCCAUACCAGGACUGAAGUACAGGACUUUGUGAAAACACUGAAGGAUCCUCCUUCACACCUGCAGCAUGUACAAGAGGACGUCCCCCUGUCACAUGACUGUACAUACACAGUUGGCUGCUACACCAUUAGAGGAGAUGUUCUGUCUCGCCUGGAAACCAACGAAUGGCUGACAGAUGAAAUCAUGGACACAUACCUGCACUUCCUGGAGAGAGAGUGGUGUUCCCGUGUCAGCUUCCACUGUCUGGUGCUGCCUACAGAGACAAUCCAACUGUGGGAGGCAGGACAGUACACAGACAGGAUAAGGGGGAAAGAUGAAAAUUUGACAAACUACACGUGGAUAUUAAUGCCAGUGAACAUGCCGCGUAAUCAACAUUGGGUGCUACUGGUGGCUAAUGUCAAGGAUGGAACAGUGGGCGUGGUCAAUUCUAAACCCUCCUUAGAUGUGGAGGACACAGUUGUACAACACUGGAGGUCCUUUGUAAACCACUUGAAAUCUACGUCUAAGGAAAGGAGCAAGUCAUGGAUGAAGAAACAGUACCCAGUGAUAGAACAGUCUGAUGGACACAGCUGUGGGAUAUUCGUUCUGAUGGCUGCUGAUGCAAUUUUGUCGGAGAAGUCUCCAGGCAUCACGAGGAACUGUCACGUUGAGAAAUAUAGGCUGUAUGUGCUUCAGAGGAUACUACAGUAUGCCAAGGCCAAGGGAGAUAUGCAGGGUGGAGGAAAGCACAUGAUGGCAGUUGAUGGACAGGGUAAUGUCACAAACGAAAUUCAAACUGUAACGCUGGAGACAAGAGAUGUACUGGAAAAUAGCUGUACAAUGACAACAGAUCAAGGAGGUCCAACUAUUCAUGAAGAGGAUGGACAUGAAACACAUGAAGGAACCGACUGUGUUAUCUCCAGUGAUGAAAAUACAGAGGACUAUCCAUGUUUGGAUCAGCACCUGUUGCAUAAGCAGAAGAUGGCGUGCUUGUUAGUGGUUGCUUUGGCAGAGAAUAACCUGGAGGAGAGGAUGCUAUGGGCAGGGUCUGACACAGGGACCCGCGUGGAAAGAGAAACCUACAAAAAAUAUAUUGUUUGGGCACUCAAGGUUUUUGACAUCAAUGAAGAAGAAUACACUGAAAAUAUGAUGAAACAUAUUUUAUCCCAAUUGGCGGGAUGCUGUCUCCAUCAUGAAGCAGGCUCAUAUAGAAUAAGAAAUCAUGAAGUAGCAAUAAAGCUAAGAGAAAUACUGCUCAGUGAUGUGAGACAGUUGGUUGAAAGUAUGGAUCUCGAGUUCAUAUUUCGUUAUGUGACAUUUAGAGGUGAUCCAACCGAAGCGGAACAACUAGAUGUGCCUUUUAAAAUCGAAUUGAAACAUGAUGAUCUGCAUAUUGUAGCGAAGCGGUUUGUUGCAGCUGUACAUGGCAGAAAGUUUGCCUUUGUGUGCAUGCAUUCCCUAUUCCAGGUAGAGACAUUUGUUGAUAUGGUUUGGGAGAAUCUCUUGCAUAAUCUGAACAAGGACAGAUCGGAACUGUUGAAAGUAUUGUCAAAAAAUGACAUUAUAUAUGGAUAUUCCUUUCUGUUUUGGGCGAGCAUCACAGACAACUCGAAUUUGUUGAAGAAAGCAUUGAACAGUGUUCAGGUUAAGGUAAAGAACAGACAGGAAGCUUUGUUUGGAAGUUGCUUUGGGAGUAGCUUGGCCAACUUCGAUUACUUGUGUUCCAAAAAUAACUGGCAGUUGGAUACGUUGUGUAUGAGGCUACCCGAACUCCCAAGACCUCUAAUCAUCAAACUGCAGUUGGCAGUUGUAGAUGAUCUGAGAGUAAAGUUUGGUAAAUGUUCAAUUUUGGACAUUGCCUGUAUGGGUGGGUUGUCUGCAGUGGCUUCCAGAUUGUCACAUUUGAUGAAGACGAGCAAGAACAAGAACAGGUCAAGAAAGAAUACAUAUGUACAUUAUGCAGCCAUGUGUCAAAAGGGCAAAGAUAUCAUGGAUAUAGUUAUAAAGAAGGGACAACGUAGCAUCAAUAUCAUAGGUCCUGAAGGAUCAACACCUUUACAUUACUCAUGUGCAGUUGGAAAUGUUAACAUUGUAAGCUACCUUUUACAGGAAGUAGAGGACAUUGGUAAGCCAAACAAGAAGGGUGAAACUGGACUUCAUUUGGCAUGUAUAUAUGGGAAUGCAGAAGUUGUUAAAAUGUUAUUACAGAACAAGAGAAUAAGUCAUGUGACAGAUAAUGCUGGCCGCACACCUCUACAUGAUGCAGCCAGGCAAGGACAUAGGGAGGUUGUGGAGUUGUUAUUACAGAACAAGGCAAAUGUGGAUGGGAAACAGGGAGGUUGUUGA